AAACACCUAUGGAUUGUUUUUAAUGUGCAGCAGGUGGCAGCAUACAGCACCGUGAUCGGAAAAGCGCGUCAAAUUUUAAGCAACGAAGAAGAGCUUCCGGAACUCAGCCUCCAUUUCACUCCAUACAUCGCCUUAUUCCAUAGAUGAGUUAAGUGCGCUAUGUAGGGAAUAAGGUAAUAGCGUAUACUCCUUAUAUAGUGCACUUUACAUCCUGUAGACAACCAUUUGGAAUUGAAUCCGUGUUUAAGCUAUACUGCAGUACUGUCUCUAUUCGUUUGUUAUAUUUAUUUAGAGAGAGAGAGAGAGAGAGAGAGAGACAAUUAUAUAGUUAAGAUCCUCUAGAAACAGUAGAAAUCUCUUGAUAAUAACAUGCAUAUGUCAUCUGAUGAAGCCGAAGACUGGUUUAUGCAGUCAUUAACCCUCUACAAAGACCUGCAUGUAUUUCAGCUCGAGCAUCCAACCAAAACCAUUGAGUGGACUGAUGAAAAAAGUAUUUGUGUUGCAGGCUACUCUUCAGAGAAGAAUGAAAUUUUAGAGCUGCUGUUGCCUUUGAAAUUGUAUGCAAAAGGGAACCAGGGCCUCUGUCCAGAGCGGGACUUUAAAGUGCAGCAUGGCGGAUUCAGUGAUGAGCCGGUUGAGUGCCUGAGACACAUCUUCGGUAAACGAUGUGUGGUGACUAGCGGGCGCCACAAUUCCAAACUCCAGGUUUGGGACAUUGGAGAAGAUAAUAGUGAUAUUAUCAAGAGGACAGGAGUUAUAAACUGCAGUCACACAUCAGCCACGGGCAGAAAACUUGCUUCUGGUUUCACCGAGGAUCCUUCUGUUCUUCACGGCUCCACAAUACGUGACGUUCAGCAGGCUGAUGUAGCCUCAGGGAAAAUGCUGUAUGCAGUAGAAACAGAUUCACUGGAUGUAGUGAGUGGUCUGCAGUUUGUGAAUGCCAAUACAUUUGCCAUUUGCGCAACUAAUGGCACUCUGUAUAUGGGAGACUCAAGAGAUCCAAAGAUCAAUCAUUAUGCUCUCUCAGAGAGUACGACUGGCUCACAUUGGGCUUUUGGAUUGAGGACAGUUGGGCCACAGUGUGACCCUGCCUUGUGCACUGUAGCAAGGCUUUCCUCCUCUGGUCAGGUAAUUGUGUCUGAUCUCCGAAAUCCGAGCACUCCAAUCGGACAAGCUCAGCUUAAUCUGCAGCCAGAUGAUCCCAGCAGCGAGUUUCUGACGGUCACAUGGGCUCCUGCUCUGGAUAACCAUCUCGCUGUUUCAGGAUUUGACGGAUCAGUGCACAUCUUUGACACAAGAAGCUGGAGCACUGAGUCACAGAUGCCUCAGCCCAUUUUUGUGCAUCGGGGUCACGACUUAUGUGAAGAAAAGGCUGAUGCCACUCUUGUGGUCACUACUCAUGUUUGGCAUCUAUGGCGACCAAGAACCUUGCUCUCUGCAGCUUCAGAUGGAUCUAUUCAUGUUUGGGACUGGGUAGAUAAAGAUAAUGAGAGCAUAGAAAAAUGACAAAAGAUAAUCUGAUUCCUUUUUUUUUUAUUUAAAGGCCAGGGAUUUUUCAAAUUAUAGUUGAAACCUGUUUAACUAAAAUAUUUCUGUAGUUAUUUUUUAUUGUUAAAGAGAACUAGAAAAAUGUAUUUAACAUAUCAUUGGCAAUGAUGAAUA